GGGGAAGCUCCAUGAGUAAAAUCUCCGAAAUAUUGCCACACGUACUGGAGGAGAUUUGAAUUGCCCAUGCCUCUCCCUUCCUGAUGGGAUCGACGUACGAUUGCCAUGUAAGUCCAUAGGCAAUAGUUCUCCUUUCCGGACUUCCCCCACCGUUGAGGCUCCUGAAUUAUCCAGAGUGCACAGCAUACAGUCCUGUCACUCUGUGUACCUCCGUGUACCUCCACUCUGAUUUCUGUCUUAAUCCUCGAUCUUUGAUCCUGUGAACGAAUCUACCCAUCCAAAAAUGAAGUCCUGGACUAUACUUAUCGCUAUCUCUUCGGCCUUUCUCGUUGAAUCGUUCCCUACAACCACUACACCAAAUCUCAGAAGCCUUACGCCCAAGAGUUUGAAUCAUGCUCUUGAGGCGGUGAAGUCAUACCGCAAGGAGAAGCGAUUCAUCGUAGACCCGAGCAAACCCAUCGGUAUCUCUGGCAAACACGCAUUCCAGGCGCCGAGUAAGGACGACCAACGUGGACCAUGUCCUGGAUUGAAUGCUCUGGCGAACCACGGCUACAUACCUCAUGAUGGCAUAACCAGCUAUGGCGAGGUGGUGACAGCCAUUAACCAAGUAUUUGGUAUGGGCAUCGAUCUUGCCCUGAUUCUGGGUCUCAUGGGUACAGUUUGGACAGGGAAUCCGCUGUCUCUGGACCCCGGGUUUUCCAUCGGUGGCACUGUCGCUAAUGACGGAUCCGACAACCUUCUUGGCAACCUCGUUGGCGUCAUAGGUGAUCCUCGAGGUCUCCAGGGCUCACACAACUGGAUUGAGUCCGACUCUUCUCUUACGCGAGAUGACCUGUACGUAACGGGCGAUGCCUGGACAAUGAACAUGACUCUAUUUCGCGACAUCUACGGUCGUGCAGAUGAGAAUGGGGUCAUAUCAAUGGACUUGCUCGCCGAGCAGGCUGCCCGACGCUGGCAGUACAGUGUCUCUCACAAUCCCAACUUUUACUACGGACCUGUCACUGGUAUGAUCAGCCGUAAUGCAGGCUAUAUGUUUCUUGGCCGCCUGCUUUCUAAUCAUACUGAGGAGUAUCCCGAUGGUGUGCUCAGUCAGGAGGUGUUGAAGAGUUUCUUCGCUGUUUACGAAGAUGCACAAGGCAACCUUGAAUAUCGUCAAGGCCAUGAGACUUUCCCUGAGAACUGGUUUCGUAGGUCAAGUGAGUACGGCCUUAUUCCGCUGAACGUCGACAUUAUCAGCUGGGUUAUGAAACAUCCGGAGCUGGGAAGCAUUGGCGGUAAUACCGGGAAUGUCAACUCCUUCUCUGGCCUAGAUCUGCGUAACAUGACUGGCGGACUUGUCACGUCAGCUUCGCUACUCGAGGGAAACAACCUUCUAUGUUUUGCCUUCGAGCUGCUGAAAACCUUCCUACCAAACUCUCUCUCCCCUUUGCUUGCUACGUUGGCAGGCCCAAUCAACAUGGUGACGGACGUCUUGGCUACGUCGACCAUAAGCCUUGCAUGUCCUGCUUGGCAAGAUCUGAUCAAAGGUGGUGAGCCACUGUGGGAUGUUAUCCAGCAUAAGUUUCCGGGCGCGAGCAAAUCAGGGUCGAGUCUCUGAUUAGCAGUGUAGUACUCUGGGUCAAACAUACAGUCUUUCAGCCGACCAUAUUACAGUAAGAUGUUACCUCCUCUCGAAUUCUUCGCCUCUCGUGCUGUCGAGACUACAGUCCUUGUUCUAAACCGGAUAUUGGCUUCGUGUAGGCCUGUAAGCAGGGUGCUGUAGUCCUCGCAUGGGUUUAGUGUUAGAUCCUAGAGUCAAGGAAUCAUGGCUCGGGCUGCCUCAAACCGGGGGUUUUCUGGGGAUUACCAUAUUUUCCUGCUCGAUCAUUUGAUUAAUGUUGUGUUUCUUGCAUCGCUGAAAGGCCGGAAGAGUCAGUCGCUUCAUGAAUUGUAUACGCAACGCUCACUUGGUCUCAGCAUGCAUGAUCCGACACCCAGAAUCUGAAUCACGAUGGGACUGUUAUCAAAAACGUUUCAUUCAUAUGAAUGGAUAGGGU